AUGCCAUGGUCUGCCAAGAAACUGUCUAGUCACUGGCCCCACAUGAUGGCGGAGGAUCUGCAGAGUGAUCAAUCCGAGGCCGCAUCGGCGAACGUUCUUCUGUUGUUCCCUUCGUUUCAGAUUCGUCUUCCACUUCGCUCUUAUGCAGUACCUUAUGCAGUACUCUUAUCCGCCACUUUUGUCGCUGGUGGUGAACGUAUGGAACAGUGCACUUCUAACGUCUCUGAUAACGACAACUUUCUGAACAGUGCAACUCAACAGGAAUACGGCAAUUGCUCCGCGUUCCGGAGGCAACUGGAAACAGGCACGUUGGACAAUUCAUUGGUGAGUGUUAACAAACCGAAUUUCCAGGUAACUGCUAUGCAUUCGAAGGCAUGUUUACAUGUGGUGAUGAAACACUCGACGAUAACGCAAAUACAACGGAUUGAGCAGCAACAACAGUGUGUAAUUGGAUUUAUGUUCCGCUUAGAGGAAGCGAUAAGACAAACACCUUUUUAA